AUGAGAAGUCUAAGCAAGAUCUUAUUUAAGCGUCCUUAGCUUUGGUUAUCAAGAGCUUUGCCUACUUUAGGAUAAAAAUCUUUAUUUAAGUAUAGUGCAAGUAUAAUAUGGCUAAAUUAUUUAGAUUCAAACAAUUUCUAAAAUAGCAAACUUAAAACUAUUCCAUUGUAGAAUUAUAAGGUAGAUGAAAGUGAAAUUGAUUCCAAAUUAGAGCCAACAGAUUUCUGUCUUUUUAGUUCAAUUCAACCUAUUUUUCCGAACAAUUCUAUGAAUUGCCAGAUCAAAAUAGGAAAUUUGAAAAGAAUCACUAAGCCUCUCUUGUAUUCAAUAAUUUCACCAGACAAUGGAGAGAUUUUUACAAUAGGCAUAGCUUUAAGUAAAUCUGUUGAAAAGAAUUUAAAUGCCGAAUUAAAGCUUUUAGAAUAACGAGAUGCAAAUGGUAACAUUUUGAUAAAUGAUCCAAUGAGCAAUACAUUUAAUUUAGACAUAAUAUCAAGACAAGUAUGAGAAUCAAAUAUUUAGAAAAAUUAUCGAUUCAAAAUUAUUAAAAUAGAAAUGACACCUGAUGGAAUCUUUGCACAAGGGAUACCUUAUAAAGAUCGUCCAUUAACAUAAGCAGAAUAAAUUAUUGAUAUUCAACAUGAAAUUCGUAUGGUGAGUUCACUUGUACAAUAAAUAAGAAAAUUAGCCUAAUAUGAUAGAGUAGAAGUAUUCUCAGAAGUUAAGUAUUCUUUAUUGGAUUCAAGUGAAAAGUUAACUCCAAAUUAAGUUGACGAAUUAGUAUUCUAAAUUGCAUCAGGCCUAUCUAAAUUAUUGACAAACAAUUUAAAAAUGAAUACAUCAAAUUUUGUCUAAUAAUUAUUGGAAAGUCAAACUUAUAUAGAUAGAUUGUUUAUACUUAGAAAACAAUUAGAAAAUAUGUCAGGAGUACUUGAUUUAGUGAAUAAACAUUUUAAGGAAGCUGACUCAUCACUUUUGAAGUUACAUCAAUAAACAUUAGCAAAAUUAGCAACAGAAUUUAUUAGAUAGAAUUAUUUAAAGGAGGCUGCAUAAUCUUAAUCAUAAGGAGGAUAGGGUGGAACUUAAUAAUAUGGUGGUGAUAAGGUACUUGUUUCUACAAUUAAUUUAAAGUAAUCAUCAUUAGUAAAAAAGUACUACGAUAAAUUAUCAUUAAUAAACGAUGAAUCUUCUAAAGAUAAAGUUAAACGAGAGAUUGAUAGAUUUAGUUUAUUAGAUAAAUAAAGUUCUGAAUUUCAUAAGAUUAAUUCUUAUUUAGAUGAAGUAUUUAGCAUUCCAUUCUAAAAAUUUACAGUAACUAAUUUAAUUAUAAAACAAGCCUGUUUAAUGGGAUAUCUAAUUUGCAAAGGAUGUUUUAGAUAAGGAAAUUGAAGGUCUGGAGAAAGUUAAAGACAGAAUAAUUGAAAUGAUUUCAGUAAAUAAAUUGAAGAAUGCAGGUUAAAAAGCAAAAGGAUUUAUUCUUCUUUUAAAUGGUCCUCCAGGAACAGGAAAAACUUCAAUAGCCAAGAGUAUUGCAAAAGCCUUAAAGAGGACUUCAAGAUUCAUUUCUUGUGCAGGAGUAGCAGAUCCUACAUUCUUCAAAGGACAUAAGCGUACAUACGUGGAUUCAAUGCCUGGAGUAUUUAUAAGAGAAUUAAUAAAAUCAAACACAAUGAAUCCUGUAUUUAUUUUAGAUGAAUUGGAUAAAGUAUCCAAACAUCAUUCUGGUGGUGCUGAUCCUUAUUAUACUUUAUUAGAAAUAUUAAAUCCAGAAGAAAAUCAUAAUUUUACUGAUCAUUAUAUGGAUAUUAGUGUUGACUUUUCACAUGUUAUUUUUAUUUUAACUUCUAAUGAUACACUUUAAAUGUUGGAGCCAUUAAAAAAUAGAUUAGAAACUAUUGAUAUUUAAGCUUAUAUUUAAGAAGAAAAAUUAUCUAUUGCUACCAAUUUUUUAGUUAAUAAAAGUAUCGAAUCAAAUGGUAUAAACCCUUAAAUGAUUAAAUAUGAUGAAUAAGCUUUAACUAAAAUAAUUAAGGCUUGGUGUUAUUAAGAAAGUGGAGUCAGAGAAUUAAAAAGAUGCUUAGAAAAAAUUGCUAGAAAACAUGCUACAAAUUUAUUAACAACUAAUCCUAAUCUUUGUGAUAAAGUUGAUGAACUAAAUCAAAUUAUUUUUGAUCCUACAAGUUAAUGUUUAGAUUUGACUAAAGAUUAAAAUUUAGAAUUAAUAUCUUAAUAUUUAGGUCCUCCUAUUUUUGAUAUUUAAUUAGAAUAGAGAUCUGUUAAGAAAUUUCCACCAGGUUAAGUCAAUAUUUUAACUGUUGGUGGAAUGAUUGGACAUGUCUUAACUGUAGAAUCUUGUUUUGAUCCAAGUGAAUAAGAAAAGAAGGGAUAAAUCUUAUCAUCUGGAAAUAUAAAAUCAGUGUUAUAAGAAUCACUUAAAUUAGCAAAAAUAAAUGCAUUUAAAUAUUUGAAUGAAGAAUAAAAAUAGAAAUUAUCUACAUCUGCAAUACAUAUGCAUUUUACUGAAGGAGCUACUCCAAAAGAUGGACCAUCUGCAGGAACUGCAAUUACAACUGCUUUAUUAAGUUUAAUUAUGAAUGUUGUAGUACCUAGUAAUUUAGGAAUGACUGGAGAAAUUUCAUUAAAUGGAUAAGUAUGUAAAAUAGGUAUUAAUUUUAUAAAAUUAUUAGGGGGAUUAUAACAAAAAUUAAUUGCUGCAAAAACUUUAGAUAUAGUUGACAUUAUACUUCCAUAUGCUAAUUUAGGUGAAGCAUUAAAUUUACCUCAUCAACUUAUAAAAGGUCUGAAUUUAUAUUUUGUUACAGAUUACAGAUAAAUUUAUGAAUUGAUAUUUGAGCAAUAGAUUGCUAAUAACAAUUAUACAAUUAAUAAAAUUAAAAAUGGUGUAUACGAAACAGAUUAAAAUGGAUUUAAAGAAUAAACAUAAUGUUCAUCUAAUUAUUGA